AUGCCCGCCCCCUUCUCCAGCCCGCCCCAUGUCGUGCCCGUUACACUCCCUGCGCUCUACCUCUACCCGCUAAACGACUCAUUUGUCCCAAAACACAUCUCGCUCGUCAACAACCUGCGCGUCAAGAUCGGUCGCCAGACGAACGCGAAGACCGUCCCCGCAGAACGCAAUGGAUUCUUCGACUCGAAGGUGCUGAGUAGGCAGCAUGCUGAGGUUUGGGAGGAGGGUGGAAAGAUUUACAUCAAGGACGUCAAGAGUUCUAAUGGAACGUUCAUCAACGGCGAGAGGCUGAGUCCCGAAGGGCUCGAGUCUGAGCCGUUCGAGCUCAAGUCCGAAGACAUCGUCGAAUUCGGUAUCGACAUCGUCGGCGAGGACAACAAGACCAUCAUUCACCACAAAGUCGCAGCGCGCGUUCUCUGCGUAUUCAACGACCAAGAUGCGCAGGCCGCCGCACGGGCAGAGGCACAACAGAACCCGCCCAGCUACGGCACUGUCGCGGGGCAGGCACCCGCCGGAAGCGGUUUCAAUUUUGCGGGCCAGCAACAGCCCUCUGCGAACGGCGUACCAGGACAGCAGCGUCGCCCGUCCAUGCCGCAAGGCUUGGUGGGUAUGGGUGGCAUGGGCGGGAAUGUGCGCCCACCAGGCAAGAGUGGCCUCACCUUCGACCAUAUCCUGACCCGGCUCCAAGGCGAGCUGCAGAAGAGCAGAGACACGGGCGCGGAAUUGCACUCACUGACCAACGCUAUGAAUGAGAUCCAUGAUACGCUCGGGGGCAAUCUGCCACCUAAUCUCCCUCCUUACCCCUCAUCGCAGGCACCCCCAGAGCCGUCGCAACAACAAAUGCAUGACACAAAUGCCCUAAACGAGUUGCAGAGCCAGCUCCGCGAGACCCAGAUGUCGCUCGCUACUCACGUCGAGAAGAUCCGGACGCUAGAAGACAUGCUUGCAGAGCAAGACGCCAUCAAGCGCGAAGUGGGCACGAUGCGCGAGCUCAUGGAAGAACGUCGGCGCGAGAUGGAGAUGCUUCGAAGCCUCAGCGUGCGGAACUGGCGCCAUGACCAAUCGUCCGAAGAACACUAUAUGUCCGAUGAUGAUGACGCUCGAAGCAUCAACACGAUCGUCCCACACGAGCUGGAGAGGGUGGACGAGGAAGAUGAGGAGCAGCUGGCUGCGGAAGACGACGUAGAGCGGAGGCGACGGAGAGACGAACUCGGUCGACCGGGGACGCCAGAGCCGACGGGUAUGGGUAUGGUCGAGGACGAGGAGGAGCAAGAGCAGCGCGAUCGUCAAAGGAACGCAGAGAGAUCGCGCUCGCCGUCGCCGUCGCCACCUCCCGUACCAGUGAUUGUCGCCACCCCGCCGCCGCCUCCGACCGCCGCCAUACCCGACGAGCUCAUGGAACGCCUCAACACGCUGUCGAAACAGCUCGAGACGGCGCUCGAGUUCUCGCGCUCGCUCGAGGCGCAGCACACUAUGGCCCAGUCUACAAUCCAAAUGCUCGAGUCGAAGGUCACUUCGCUGGAGAGCCUUGUCCACGAAACGCAGUCGCAGGUGCAGACUCAGGCAGAGACUACUGAGCAGCUCGCCGAAGCUGUAAAGGCGGUCGAGAUGCCACCCCAGGGACCUUCGCCCUCAUCCGAUGACCGCGACCGCGAGUCACUGACGGAGAUCGUGAACGAGUGGAAGAAGAGUGUCGAAGGACGUUGGACUGGUGUGCAGGAGGAGUGGACGGAGGAGCGGGAGCGGUUGCGUCGCGCGCGCGAGGAGUGGGAGGUGCGAAUGCGUGGACUCGAGGACGGAUUCGGCAACGCCGUCUCGAAGCUCGAGUCCGGUCUAUCAGUGCUUUCGGUCUUUCAAGGGCAGCAGCACCCGCAAGGGCUGCCCAACGGCAACUUCAAGCAUAGCGGAGGCUUGGUCACGCCUCCGAGUCCGCGGAGCCUGUCGGCGGAAUCGACGCGACCGCGAACACGAAAGAAACGGACGAGUGCGUCGCGUGGGCGUACGCGAUCGCGGUCGAUGUCGACGGGGGGCGGCCAGGAUCAGCUACCCGGGUCGUCGGCGUCGUCAGUAUCAGACGCUGGCUCGCUCCCCGAAUCCACAGGCCGUUCCUCCGCGACGGACAUGGAGACGCAUCAUCUCGCGGAAAUGGCAGGCAAGUUUGGACUCGGCAAGGACAAGAUUGCGCAGGGUAUGCCCUUCCCUCUCACGCCGGAGUCCUCGGUGUUGCUCCACCCACUUAACCGGUCUGACCCUUCCUCCUGUACGGCAACAGACUCGCAGACGGAUACGAGCACUAGGGAUCCACCUAAAGAGAUUCCUCUGAUGUCGGAACGCGGACGCGAACAGCCUCAUUUCACGAACUUGUCCACGGCGUUUGGCGUGCUUGUCCUCAGCGCGGCCGCGGCCGCGGUCAUAUGGCGAGUCAAACCGGAUGGAUCAGUAUAG